AUGAAGGAUUUAGGUGAUCUGAAGUACUUUCUUGGAAUCGAAGUAGCAAGGUCAAAAAUAGGAAUGCUUGGAUAUAAGCCUACUGACACACCCAUUGAGAUGAAUAAGAAGUUGUGUGAAGACAUGGACCAAGAACCAACUAAUAAGGAUCAAUACCAACGCCUUGUUGGAAGUCAGCCCUUGGGAAAGGAUUAA